AUGACUUUAAGAGGUUCUCGUAUGACUGUUGGUUCAGAAUCGGAUCCUGGAGUCAUUGUUCCUAACGGAGGAGGAGGUUCCUCAAGAAUGUUCCACAAAGACAGCUUGAAUACUCGUCCCACUAAGUGUGUUUUGUCUGCUCGCGUGUGUCUAUUCAACGCGCUGCCACUUGAUAUAAGUGCUUUGUGUAAAAGCGUGCAGAAUAUACAAUUCAAGCUGUAUCUUGGAAACACUAUUAUUAAA